UGCUUCUGAUGUGUAUCCAGCAUUGAGCACCAAGGCUCUGGUCCUCUGUUUCUGAGGGAGAGGGGAGGGGGCCCUGCUCUGCGUGGGUGUGAUCAGGGCGGGUCUGUGACCUGGAGGGGAACGUCGGGUCCAGCCCAGGUCCCCACUGCUGCAGUUGGCGGGGGGGGCUUCACCAGGGUGGGAGCCAGUUGUGAAGAAAGGGGUGCGGACGCUCACUUGUUGGUGUCUGGAGCAGGUCACUGUCCCUGAGCCCCCCUGCUGUGGCAGUGGGCAGCAGAGGACUGUCGUUGCCACACGGAGAGGUCUCCCUGUGGGACGUUGUGCUGCAAGAAGGACGUAGAUGGAUUCUAAGCAUUAAACUGCAGAUUCUUGAUCCUUAGGAUUGAAUUCUCAAGACUGAUCUUGUCUGAGGAAGAAGCAGCUUAGAGGAGGAGGAAGAGGAAAGGAGGGAGUCAGGAAUGGCUGUUUGUCAGGGACGCUUGACAUUCAGGGAUGUGGCCAUAGAAUUCUCUCAGGAGGAGUGGGAGUGCCUGGACCCCGCCCAGAGGGCCUUGUACAGGGACGUGAUGGUGGAGAACUACAGGAACCUGGUCUCCCUGGCUAUCUCUCCUACGCUUGUCAUCAAGAAAUCACCACCACAAGAGAACAAUAAUAUAGGAGAAGUCUUCCAAACAGUGAUGUGGGAAAGGCAUGCUGGCCAUGACAUUAAAGAUUUUUGCAUCAGGGUAAUCCAGGAAAACAUGCAUGACUUUGAGUGUCAUUGGAGAGAUGAAAGAAAUUACAAAGGAUUUCCUGUGAGUUAUAAAAAUAAUCUCAGUGGUAGAAGAGAUCAACCUGGGAGAAGGGAUAUAGGAAGUAGGCUUGGAUUAAGGUUACAGGAUGAACUGCACAUAUGUCAAACCAAAGGGAGAACUUACAAAUGUAAUCAAGUUGAGAAGUCUGUCAACAAUGGUUCCUCAGUUUUACCACUUCAAAGAAUUCCUUCUAGUGUCCAAACCAAUAUUUCUAAUAAAGAUGGGAGUGAUUUUAUGUAUCCUUCAAGACUGACACAAGACCAGGAAGCAAAAAAGGAAAAACUUUACAAAUGUAAUGAGUGUGGCAAAGCCUAUUAUCAAGUCUCACACCUCAGUAGACAUCAUAUGAUUCGUACUGGAGAGAGACCUUACAAAUGGAAUGACUGUGGUAAGGUCUUCAGUGAAAAUUCGCAUCUGGCAAGUCAUCAGGGAGUUCAUUCUGGUGGGAAACCUUAUCAAUGUAAUGAGUGUGGCAAAACCUUUACAGUGCAUUCAAGCCUUAAUAACCACCAUACAGUACAUACUGUAUGUAAUGAAUGUGGUAAGGUCUUCGGUCACAGUUCAUACCCUGCACAUGAUCGCAGAAUUCAUACUGAAGGGAAACUUUACAAAUGUAGUAAGUGUAAUAAAGUCUUUAGUCAACAGUUAAGCCUUGUACGUCAUGAGAGAUUUCAUAAUGUUAAACUUUACAAGUGUAAUGACUGCGGCAAAGCCUAUUCUUAUUGCUCACAACUCGCUAACCAUCAGGUAAAUGCAUACUGGAGAGAAACCUUAUAAAUGUAAUGAGUGUGGCAAAGCCUUCAGUCAACAUUCAAGCCUCGCAAGUCAUCAGA